AUGGAGUUUGAUGAAGUGCAUACGUUCAUCAAACGAAAGAGUAAUGAAGAACAGAAUGCACCCUCAUUAAACCAAAUAGCUAAUACCUCCUGUUCAAACCCUUAUAAUACCCUCCAACCUGUACUUGCUAAACGACCUACCUUUUCUAAUUUCGUACAUAGACUAAGACAACAAUCAACCAAGACACGAUUCGUUCGUGAUUAUAAAAAGUUGGCCAAUGACAGUCUUUUAAGUGAUGAAGAAACGGAUGAACGAGUAUCUUCAAAAAUAAUGGACGCCAGUCGAUCUAUACCAGAUAGUCAAAUUGAAAAUUUAGAUAUCUCAACAAAUAUAACCAAACCGAUCAAACGGGUCACUAUCAAAUUAGAUUCACCAACAACAGAAUCAGAGGAUGAUGAUGACAUAGUCACGAUCGAAGGAAAAGAGAUCUUUUUGGAUGAUAUAUCCCUCGAAAGAUUCAAAACGAUGGAACAGACGAUUGAACUACAUCAAAGGGACAUUCAAAGUAUUCAAGAUAGGAUCGAAUAUGAAAAGAGAAGGAUCGAGAUCAAGAAGGAAGAAAUCAUGUAUUUCAUACACAGUUUAAACAACAUGAAUGAACAAAUCGAAAACUAUUCACAGUCUAUAAAAUCUAUCCUGCAUAAUAAUUUACCCUUGAUGAAGGCUCAUCAAUCAAAUAUCAUUGAUAAUAACGACAAGCUGAAAUAUAACAGAAAGAAGAAUUUACUUCAAAAGGCGAGGUUUGAUAAGUAUAGAAAGACAAUCAAUGCCGAAACAAGGUUACUGGAGUUGGAAAAGAAGAUAAAGAUCGUCUGGAAGCGAGAUGAGAUUUAUGCUGGAAUAAGAGAUUGGGGAUUCAUUGUCGGUAAGAUUUCAUAUAACCUUUUCCUUCUUUUGUUUUCUUAA